CGUCACUCACAGCUUGAACGUGAAAAAACUCACAUCCAAUAUCAGAGGUUAUAAGCGAAAAUCAAACAUUUAAUAUUGUUAUUUACUUGUUAUAUUAUCUUUUUAUUGUGUGUCCGUACGUACAGACGUGCUUUGUGAAUGUUCUUACGUUUUCGGAGUAUGGGAGCUUGUUUUUAAAGAUUUGCUGGUCUGCUGUCGGAAGAAUCGUACCAGGUUGAGACAAACUGCCUGAUAUUUGGAACAGUGACUGCUGCAUCACUUUCUUUGCAGCACUUGAAUCUCUUAAUCGGGAUUUGAGAAUGGUUCAAGCUGAGGUGGUAGCGAUGUGGACUGUAUGCAUCCCAGGAUGGGGCGCGGCGGUGGUGGCCGGCGCUUUGUUGCUGUACGGGACUUUCGACGUGGCUUACUUCGCUCGUAUGAUGUACACCGUGGCCAAAGCCAGGUAUUUCAAGAAGAAGGUCUGCAUUCUCGACACCACUGAAGUUAAAUCGUGGUGCCUCCUCAACGACAUCGACACGCUUCUCUACCACAUGAACAACGCGCGGUACCUUCGCGAGCUGGACUUCGCUCGGGCCGACUUCUACGAGCGCACCGGUUUGUACGCCAACAUCAAGGCGGCUGGUGGCGCUGUGGUCCAGGGCGCUGCCACCAUCAGAUACCGGCGGUAUUUGAAGCCGUUCACCAGGUUCUCCAUUACUUCCAAGGCGAUCUACUGGGAUGAUAAGACGGUUUACAUGGAGCAUGAAUUCGUGGGUCCCGGCGGAUUCGUGCACGCGGUUGCUGUCUGUCGGCAGAGAGUGAUUGACACCUCAGCCUCCGCCAUUGCAGAGCUCCUGCUGCAGCUGCAUUGCGCUGGCGCCUGCCGCUCGCCUCCUGGGAAGAUGCCGCCUGAGUUGGAGUUGUGGGUCCAGAGCAACGAGCUUAGCUCAGCGAGGCUCCGAGCUGCGACCGCCCCCCUCCCGACCCUCCAGUCUCCCAACAACGUGGGCUGCGGCGAAGUCAUCCCCGCCGCCUCCGCUGAGUGAAGCUGUCUCAUUCUGUACCCAACAUACACAAAUAAGUGCGAGUGAGAUAGCAAUAGGGUACGCGCGCGGCGACGGCUAACAUCCCGUCAGUCGACGCCAGCCCGUCGAGGCGUGCGGACGUGUGGACUGCUUGUUUUGUGUUAAUAAUGCCAAACAGCUAAGCUAUAUGGUUUAUGACUUAUAUUCAUGUGAUAAGGGUGAUGCUCGGGAUGUGUACAAGAAUCUUAGAUCAUUAUUUAUUGUUUUUGUUAGACGUUUUCAAAUGUGAUAUUUUCAAUUUGUAUUUCGAUGUGCCUCUAUGUUUUUAUGUAAUGUACUUAAAGUACCCUCCUUGUGACACCAAGUAUUAAUCGGAUGUUGAAUUAUUUAAUCGUAUUAAAUUUUAAUAAUAUUAUUUGAACGAAGUGUGUAUAAAUGUAUUAUAUCUGGCGCGGCUGGAUGAAAAAUUAUCAAAUAAAAUCAAAUAUCGAAAUGGAAAAUGACAUGAUAUAUCAUAUAUUGUACGCUUCUUGUGUAAUCGUUAUAUAAAGAUGUAUCACAAGCGAAUAUCAAGUCAGUUAGAUGUUUUGUACAUGAUUUUUUAAGGAAUCUCUGGUCACUGUAAUUCCAGCACUUAUCUACUUAUAGACAAUUGUAACGGGGUGAAUACUCAAGGGGACGAAACGGAAACAUCCAAAUUAUUAAAUGCUAGACGAGGCUUAUCUAUAAUCUUUAUUUUUAAACCUGUACUAACCCCCGUUUUUAGUAAACGAUCCAAAUUUCAGCCGAUCGCGAGAAUAGUCCAAUCAGAAUUUUUUUUGAAAAUAAAUGAAUUAUUUUGAUUAGUUUGUAUUUGGAAACGUAUCGAAUAUUAAGAUUGGCAUUGUUUAUUGAAAUCGGCCGAUAGAUUAUAACUAAGUCGCUUUAUCUGAUUACCUUCAUAUUUAUAACUUAGGUGCAGUUGUAACGCGUACGCGGUAUGAUUACUGCUCUGAGGUCUUGAUAUCGAAUCUUGGUCCGGGCAAAUGGAUAUUGGGUUUUUCUGCUCACUUUCAGCCCGGAGUGUGGAAUUUGGUGGGAUAUGAAUGGCUCGUCACCUUUUUUUAUUACUUUAAAUGACGAGACGAACUUGUCUUUCUCCUGAUCAUAAGCGAUACGACUGCCUAUAAACAGUAGAAACACCAUCCAACGCCUUGAAUUACAAAGUAUUGUUGGGUAUUCCACAGCGUUCGCCAUUUGAGACAUGAGAUGUUAAGUCUUAAGUUAAGUUAGUUCUGUUAAGCAGUUACACUGGCUGCAAUAACAUCAUGGGACGGAACACACAUGGCGAAAGUAGGUGCUGUGGUCCUUCGGCGAUAAAGUUGUUGGGUGUGUUUUAUAUAUAUUUAGUUUUUCGCCCCUUGAGUCUUAUUUGUCUCGUUAUUUAGACACAGCACAAUGACAGCGUAUAUCAGUGGAGUCAACGCACUGUAAUCAUGUGACGCGCUGAGGUACAUCUUCAGAUUGACUCUCGAGUCACGGACCCUUUAUUGGAACUGUCUAUUGUAUAUAAACAUGUAUUAUGAAUAAAUAUAAAUUAGUUGAAAUGUU